UCAUCUCAGCCAGGACAUAAAUAUUGUACUCCCAGGCUGCGCACCACGGGGCUGCAAAUCUUGGUGCCCUCAAUCGCGCGGCCGCUUGUGUCAACAUAUAUAAUGGGCGGAAAUUCUACCCAAGUGUGCUCCACCGAUGAAAUGGCUUUCUUCAUCAAGCACGUGAGAUGGGUGGUCUUGCGUCUCAAUGCUCUCCUGGUGACUAAUGCCAUCUUGAUGGCAGUCAUAGCCGGGUUAGGCACCUAUGGGCAUCACUAUCGCCACCAUCCUUUGAUCCGCUUCCUCUACCUAGGAGCCAUCACCUUGUUCCUACCCAUUGUAUCUGAUGUCGUCUCCACCAUCCCAAAUCCUUACACCAUCACUGUUUAUCCAAAACACGACCGAGUCAUAUUAUCAAACUGUGAAGCAGACGGCCAUGUCUUCCUGGUCAUAUUGUGGAUCGGUCUUGUUCAGAUCGUUGGUGCCAACGCCACAACAAUAGUGGCCAGUGAUUCUAGAGAAGGUCGAAGCAUUGCACCCUCUGCAGUGCAACUUGUUAAAGCAAUCUGGACUUCCUACCUGGCCUACAUGAUGAUAGAAUCAGGCCUAGAGCCAUAUGGAUAUAAUGUCAAAUGGUCUCAAGAUCGGCAGCUUUCUCUCCUAGAUAUUCUCCUCCUUGCACUACCAUAUGCUCUUAUUUUGUCCAAAUUGCUUUUGAAGUACUAUGCAUGGUACAAGGCCUCGCGAUCAUUAGCGUUUGGACGCAAUCCGCGCCUCAUUGUUGGAUACAUGGAGAAGCUACAAGUAGGAACCCAUUAUGCUGAGUUGGCAAUAAGUGAGCAUGAUGUACCUCCUCCACUCAUAGUUAUGGGAGAGGACACUGUAUUGGUAGAGAAGCAACCUCAUGGUUACAGCCUGGCAGGGAUGAACAUCAACAAUGGCUUACUGACCAUCGACAGAGUUUGGCAGUUGGAUGACACAUUAUUGCUUUGGAGAUCAAAAGAUUUGUGCCUUGCAUUCGCAUUGUUCAAGAUGCUACGGUGUCGGUUUGCAAGGUACACAAUUAAUGAGGCUGGCUUUGCGAAAGCCAGUAACUUUAUACGGCAUGUGUUGCUCGAGGAUAGUGAUGAUGAAAGGGUUCUUGGCUUGAUUACAAAUGAGCUUUCGUUUCUUCAUGAUUACUAUUUUUCAUAUCUCCCAGUCACUUAUUCAGAGAGUUGGCUACCCUUCUUGAGUGUAUCUAUUUCACUCUCAAGCAUCGGCUACUGCUUAUUUGUCAUCACCUUUUUGGUAACAACUUUCCGAGGUUACAGUGCUCUAGAUUAUGAGCAGAUUUAUUGUCAUCCGGUACACUGCCAUCCUGUAUCCGGUUCUACAUAUACGUAUAGGAGUGAGAGUAAAGCAGAGGUGAGUUUUGGAAGAUUGUUGUUUGACUUUUUGCCAGUGUGUCUACUUGGGACACUAGGUGUGCUUGUUGAAGCGAGGGAGAUUGCUUCUUACAUCUGCUCCAACUGGACUAAAGUAGCCCUGAUUUGUGGCUAUGUAAAGCAUACUUCUUGGCAGCAAUCUCCGACGAUCCGUAAAUGCAUUGGCCAUGUUCUGCACACCAGGUGCAAGCUCUUGGAUCGAUGGGAGGACAAGAUGUACCAGUGCUCAAUCCUAGUUCUCCACCCAAGUAGAAAUCCAAUUGCUCUUCUUCGACGUAUCCUUCAUCUGCCGGACCUGAAGAUGAAGAUACCAAGAGCAGUGAACGCCGCCGUCCUCGACGUGGUGAGAAUGAACCAAAGAAAUAAGCUCAGAAACAAUGGCGCAACACCUCGACAGCUGCAAGUCGGCAGCGACCUCCUCUGGACAUUCCAUGAAGCCAAGGGCGCAGCCGAUGCCAUGCUCGUGUGUCACGUUGCCACAAGCAUCCUUGUAAUGACAAGAUCACGAGAGCAACUUCCCUCCGACCAUGAGAUCGUCGCCACUCACCUCUCGCGAUAUUGCGCCUAUUUGGUGGCAUGUUGUCCCAAGCUCCUUCCCGACGACCACGUGUGGUGCAGGAGCUUGUAUAAGGCUGUCAAGAAGGACGCUGGGCGUGUCCUCGCCGGCCACGACAUUACGGUGUCGUCGUUGGAAGCGGAGCACCGGCGGCUGGUGGAGCUGCUGAGGGCACGGUCCAAGCACCAGGUCCUCAAGGAUGGUGCGGAGCUCGGGCAACGGCUUGCUGAGCUGCCGGAAGGAGAGGAGGUGGCGUGGAAGGCCCUCGCCGGCUUCUGGACGGAGAUGAUCGUCAGCGUCGCCGCUACUCGUGACAACAUCGACGAGCACGCGGAAGCCGUUGCCCGGGGCGGGGAGCUGGUAACUCUCCUCUGGGCGUUGCUGGCCCAUGUCGGCAGCGUCGACGACUACACGGCCGCUGCCACUCAUGGUGCUCCCGAUGUUGUUUAA